UCUCUAGCAGUAGCUGAGGCAACAACGCUCCCCUCCCGCGAUGUCGUUCGCCUACUCCAAGAACUUCCUGCGGCGCUUCUGUGUCGAGGAUUUCCAGACCGGGGCCGAAGGAACCAGCAGUAGCUUCUUCUCCAGCCAUCUCAUUCCCUCCCUCGGGGCGAGGAUCAAUCAAACGACGAGGCUUAGGAAGCACAUCAUCUCCCCUUUCAGUCCCCGGUAUAGGGCAUGGGAGAUGUUUCUGAUUCUCCUGGUCGUCUACUCCGCGUGGAUCUCCCCGUUCGAGUUUGCAUUCCUGCCCUACAAGCAAGAUGCCAUGUUCGUUGUGGACAACAUUGUCAAUGCCUUCUUUGCUGUCGACAUCGUCCUCACCUUCUUCGUGGCCUACAUGGAUAGCCAGUCGUAUCUUCUGGUCGACGAUCACAAGAAGAUAGCGUUGAGGUAUGUAUCGACCUGGUUCGGUUUUGAUCUCUGCUCGACAGUGCCGUUUCAAGCUCUCAGCAUACUCUUCACAGAUCAUAGCGGCGGAUUAGGCUUCAAAUUGCUCAGCAUGCUCCGGUUGUGGCGUCUCAGACGGGUCAGCUCCCUCUUUGCAAGGCUCGAGAAGGACACCCGGUUCAACUAUUUCUGGACUCGCUGUACCAAGCUCGUGUCGGUUACUCUGUUCGCGGUGCACACUGCCGGCUGCUUCAACUACAUGAUUGCUGACAGGUAUCCCGACCCGCAGAAGACGUGGAUCGGCGCGGUCUAUCCAGAUUUCAAACGGUUAAGCCUCUGGGACAGAUACAUAACCGCAAUGUAUUGGUCUAUCGUGACUCUAACUACGACAGGUUACGGGGACUUACACGCGGAGAACCCGAGAGAGAUGCUGUUUGGAGUCUGCUACAUGCUGUUCAACCUCGGACUGACAGCAUACAUCAUAGGAAACAUGACAAACCUCGUCGUGCACUGGACCAGCCGCACGAGAACCUUUAGAGACUCUAUCCGUGCUGCUUCGGAGUUUGCAAAGAGGAAUCAGCUGCCCCCGCAGAUUGAAGACCAGCUCCUGUCACAUAUAUGUCUCAAGUUCAAGACGGAAGGGUUGAAACAGCAGGAGACGAUGAAUGGCCUGCCUAAGGCCAUUCGUUCCAGCAUUGCGCAUUAUCUGUUUUACCCUGUUGUUCAAAAUGUCCGUCUAUUCCAUGGGGUUUCACAGGAGUUUCUUCUCCAACUGGUACCGGAGAUGGAGGCCGAGUACUACCCUCCAAGGGAAGACGUUAUUCUGCAAAACGAGGCUCCAACAGAUGUAUAUAUACUGGUCACCGGAUCAGUGAAAUUGGCUGUCAAAAUCAACGGACAGGAUCAUGUAGUCGGAAAGGCUUCUGCAGGGGAUAUUUUCGGGGAGGUAGGGGUCUUAUGUGGAAAGCCACAGCCGUUUGGUGUUCGAACGACAGAAGUCUCUCAGAUACUACGGCUGAACAGAAGCACGUUUCUCAACAUUCUUCAUGCUUAUUCAGAAGACGAACGCGUUGUUAUGAACAAUCUUUUCAUGAAAAUGAAAGCAUGCGGAAGCUUCAACGUAGAGGGCCAGCAUACAGUAGAUAUCCAGAAUUCAAGUUGUACGACAGCACAUCAAAAAGAGAGUAACGAUACCAAAGGAAGCAAAGCUGAAGUGGGUUCUUCUACAGAGGACGGCCAAACAUCUCUCAACGUUGCUAUUCGACAGGGUCAUAUAGAGAUGGUCCAUUUUCUGCUGGAAAGAGGUGCAAAUGUGAACAUACCGGAUGCGAGAGGUUGGACACCAAAGGCAUUAGCAGAAAUGCAAGCAGAUAGAGGCAUAUACAACCUUAUACUGAAUUAUGAAAAUAAAAAGAAACCUGAUGGGAGCAUCAAUGACGCUGCCAAUCAUGCACGUGUCAACUCGAGCAUUUCCACGAAUCCAACUCGUGCAGAAGCAGUAAGCCAGGAGAAGAAGAGAGUCACCAUUCACAUGAAGUCUGAAAAUAGUAAACAUUUGGAAAAGAAGCUCCCAAAGCUAAUAGUCCUACCUGAUUCAAUAGAAGAUCUACUCAAAAUAGCAGGUAAAAAAUUCGGAGAUGACAGCCUCACAAGCAUAGUAAAUGCAGAAAAUGCAGAGAUAGACGACAUAAAUGUCGUGCGAGAUGGUGACCAUUUGUUUUUCGUAUCAAGCCAGAGCAAAGAUCAAGCAUAAUGUGAGCUAACAACCACAAUGACUAUAACCACAUGUGUAGGGCAAAGCCAAUUCAAAGAAAUAAUAGUAUACAGACAUUUUAACACUGACCGAUCGAUUCAUGAGUUCUUGAUGCUAAAAACAAUGGUAGAAGUAACUGUAUGAUCAUUACAUGGUUGACUUAUAACCUCACUGCAUAUGUAAAUUCUGACUGUGUGUAUAACUCAACAUCAACUAGUGAAACUUCCGGCGGGACUUUUACCUAUCCAUAGGAUGUGAGUCUCAGUAUAUAAAGUUCCUUCCAUAAAA